AUGGACGUGAGCUACGACGAGAUCCCGCUGACCGUGCAGGUCCCUGUGCGCGUCUUCUCCGCGCGGUGCAACUCCAUCAUGGCCGUCAUCUUCUUCGACCUCUUCGGCAAGCCCGCGCAAAUCACCAUCCCCGCCGAGCGCCAGCUCCAACUCGGCGCCGGCUACGAGGUGCUCCGCGAGGUGCUGCACGCCCUCGCGCGCAGCCUCGAGCCCAAGGGCGGCUACUACGCGGCCCCGCGGUACAUCCCCGUCGCGAGCCAGAUCGAGGAGAUGCUGCGCGACUUCAUGCUGGACGCCGCGCUGCUGCCCGCGGCCGCCGCGGGGCCGGCCGCGGUCGACUGGCUGGGCCAGCUGCCGCUCGAGUGGUUCCUGGCCGUCGGGAGGCAGCAGUUUUUGCUGACCGAGGACGCGCACGGCCGCGUUGCCGCCGGCGCGGCGCAGGCGUUCACGUUUGUGUGCAUGCGGGAACUGGGCGCGCGCGCCGCCUCCGAGGGCUGCCACCGCGCCAUGGCCUUUCAGAUCCAGCAGCUGGAGCGCAUAUCGCAGGCGUGCCACGGAAUGGGCAACGAGGCGCGGCAGCGGCGUGACAUGUGCGUGCCGGACCUGCGCGCCGUGCUGUACCACGAUUUAACGGCCGCCACCAACACCACCACCACCACCACCGGACUCGGGAUCGGCCGGCUGUUGCCGGAGCGGCUGCCGGUGGGCGUCCUGUUCGACGAGCUGCCGCAGAUCCUACCGCUACGGGCGGCCGCGGCGCCUCCGGACGUCUUCAAGGAGUGCGUGCUCAAGAUCUGUAAGACGGUCGAGUGGCUGGUGGACGUGGGCAUCGGCUGGGGCGGCAGCGUUGGCGCGGACCACAAGGGCUACGCGCUGCUCGACGCCAUCUUCCUCGACGCGCUGUACCGGCCCUGGCUCAUCGAGGGCUUCACCGAGGCCAAGGAGGGCAAGGUGCUGAGCGACCGCAUCUCGGUGCACAUGCUGCGCGUGGAGUUUGGGUUGCUGGGGGUAUAG